AACGGGCUCUUCCCUGAUAGAAGGGAAGAUCAUCCUUUAAAUAUCUAUGUCGAUAAAUAUAUCUUUUUGGAACGUCAGAGGAAUUAAUGGCAAAGAUAAGCACCCGGAUUUUUUGAACUGGCGUAAUGUAAAUAAAGUAUCUUUUGGAGCUAUUUUGGAAUCCCAUGUUAAGGAAUCAAACCUGAGUAUUGUGAUGAAUGCCAUCUGCCCCGGAUGGUCCUUUGCUUCUAACCAUUCUGAAGAUGAAGACGGGCGCAUUAUCAUUUUCUGGAAACACCCUCUUCAAGUCUCAGUUCUUCUUAAAACAAGACAAUCGUUAACCUGCUUUGUCCAUUGUCCUGGUUCCCCUCCCUUCACAGUUACAGCAGUCUAUGCUGCUAAUACUUCAGAUGAGAGACAGCAAUUAUGGAAGGACCUGAGAGAUACUCAAACUACUUGCUCCCUGCACCAAUCUUCUUGGAUCAUUGGAGGAGAUUUUAAUGAAAUUAUCCACUGCGCUGAACACUCUUCUGUCUCUUUUACUCAAACCACUCCGCAAAUGAUUGAGUUUAAGGAGUGCCUUGAUGAUAUAGAGGUUAAAGAUCUGAGAUAUCAUGGUCCCUGCUUCACUUGGUCCAACAAGCAACCUGAAGAUCCGAUUGCUAAAAAGCUAGACAGAAUUAUGGUCAAUGAGCAUUGGAUUCAGGACUUCCCCCUGUGUCAGGCUGCUUACUUAGCUCCAUUAAUUUCAGACCAUUCUCCUGGUCUUGUUAAUCUCAAUUGUGUUCUUCCCUCUGCUGGUUCUAAAGCUUUCAAGUUCUUCAACUACUUGGUUACCCACCCGGAUUUCCAAGAAACUGUUACUUCAGGCUGGGAAUUCACCUCAUCUGAUUCCUGGAAUCUUUCUUCUCUUAGCAAGAAGCAGAAACAGUUGAAAAAAUACCUCAAAUCUCUCAACAAAGACAACUUCUCGGACAUUCAAAAAAGAGUCAGUGAGGCAACGCUUCAGCUGGAGAAUUUGCAACUUCAUUCUCUCAUGCACCCUUCUGAAUCUGCUUUUUUGGCUGAAAGAACCUGCACGGACAAAGUGGCUUUCUUAAAAACAAUUGAGGAGUCUUUUUUCCAUCAGAAGUCAAGGAUAAAGUGGCUAAAAUUAGGAGAUCAAAACUCAGCGUUUUUUCAUAAAGUGGCUACUGCAAGGAAUUUCUAUAAUGCAAUUCAUACCCUAAUGGAUCACAACGGGGUAGUCGCUUCAACGCCUGAAUCAGUGGGAAUCCUAGCAGUAAAUCAUUUUCGUUCUAUAUUGGGGCCGCCUUUAGCUCCUGUCACGCCUAAUCUUCUGGCAUAUGUCCAGCAAUUCACUGUCUUCUCUUGUACUGAAGAUCAGAAAUUAUCCUUGAGCAAGAUCCCUGCAGCAGAUGAGGUAAUGAGAACUUUGUUCAAGCUAAACCCUAAUAAAAGCCCGGGACCAGAUGGGUUGACAUCUAGAUUCUAUAGUGCGGCAUGGCUACUUGUUGGAGCAGAGGUCACAACUUCUAUUAUAAAGUUUUUCGAACUUCAGGAUUUGCCUACGGCCACAAACUCAACUAUCCUCACCUUGCUGCCUAAAUUCCCAGGUGCAACAGAGAUUAAGGACUAUCGCCCUAUAUCUUGUUGUAAUACUCUCUAUAAGGUGAUUUCGAAAAUCCUAGUGGGCAAAUUAAAACCGCUUUUAUCAUCCAUCAUCCUCCCGAACCAGUCAGCAUUUAUCAAAGGGCGCCAGUUACUUGAAAACUGUUUGCUUGCUUCAGAGAUUGUUAGUGGAGAUCACAAGAAUAAAGGGCACAAAAGGCUUACAAUAAAGGUAGAUAUUGCAAAAGCCUUUGACUCUGUGAAAUGGGACUUCAUCCUUUCUUGCCUGGAAUCUCUGAAUCUGCCUACAAUCUUCUUAAAUUGGGUAAAAGAAUGCUUAAGCACAACUGCCUUCUCAGUGGGAAUCAAUGGAUCUUUGCAUGGUUAUUUUAGAGGGACCCGUGGACUAAGGCAGGGAGACCCGUUAAGCCCAUACCUGUUUGGUCUGGCCAUGAACGUGCUAUCCAACAUGCUUAAUACAGCAGCUUCUGAUGGUAUUAUUGGCUAUCAUCCAAGAUGUAAGGACUCAGCCCUUACUCAUCUAUGCUUUGCAGAUGACCUUCUGAUAUUCUCUGAUGGAUCUCCUUCAUCUGUACAAGGCAUCCUCCGUGUUCUCUCAGAUUUCCAAUUUUUGUCUGGUCUUGCAAUAAGCCCACAAAAAUCAUGUUUCUUUCCAGCGGCCCUCUCAACUUCUGAAGUGGACUUGAUCAGUUCCUCUUCAGGCAUUCCUCAAGGCUCUCUACCAGUAAGGUAUCUUGGGCUCCCCCUUAAUACGAAGAAACUUUCUCUGCUGAACUGCGAACCUCUUCUCCAGAAAAUAAAGUCAAAGAUCAAUUCUUGGACCACAAAGUAUCUUUCAUUCGCUGGAAGGCUUCAGCUUCUCAGUUCUACAAUCUCAGGAAUUAUAAACUUCUGGUGCAACGCGUUUAUCCUUCCCUCUCAAUGUAUCAAAAAGAUCAAUUCAAUGUGUGCUGCCUUCUUGUGGAAAGGGUCAGUUGAAGGGAGAUACACGGCAAGAGUGGCGUGGGAAAAGGUUUGUCUACCUAAGGAUGAAGGUGGCUUGGGUCUCAAAAACUUGUGUGUCUGGAAUAAAGCUUGUUCCUUAAAACUUCUGUGGAUGUUAUUCUUCCAAACAGAAUCGGUGUGGGUCGCCUGGAUUCACCAAAACGUUAUUAAGGAUUCUGAUUUCUGGCUACUUAAAGAGAAGCAAUCGCACACUUGGAUAUUCAAGAAAAUCCUAAGGCUAAGACACUUGGCAGUUCGUUGGUUGAAAAUUUUACCUGGUAAUGGUAGGGAAUGCAGAUUUUGGACUUCUCCUUGGUCACCAUUUGGCCAACUGAUCAACUUUGUGGGACAAUCAGGUCCUCGCUCUACUGGUAUUCCAAUUUCAUCUUCUCUAGCGUCCUUGUGGAGCAAUGACUCGUGGACUCUUGCUCCAGCAAGAUCUGACAGGAUGGAAGAAGUGCUCACCUAUCUCACAUCAAUCUCCUUAUCAGAUCGCCCAGAUACUAUGAUUUGGAAUACUUCGACAACAAGAUCGAAUCAAAGCAGGUGUUUCUCUGCAAAUCAAGUAUACAACCUUAUCAGGGAAUCCAAUCCAUCUGUAGCUUGGAAGAAUGUUGUAUGGCUCAAAAGAGGGAUUCCGAAAUUCAAAACCCUUACUUGGUUAUUUGUCUUGGAUCGUUGUCCAACAAGGAACAGACUGUUAGCUUGGGGUCUCCAAACUGACGCAGGUUGCCUCCUCUGUAAUAGAUACCAAGAAUCCAGAGACCACUUAUUCUUCGAUUGUGAGUACUCUUACGCUAUUUGGGGCUCCUUGGCAACAAGGCUUAACUUCAGCCUUCAAUCCAAUAGCUGGAAUGAUUCGCUUCAGGCUCUAAUCGACUUCACAGGAGACUCUACCCUCCGUUAUCUCAUUAUUUUGGCUUGGCAAGCUUCAAUUUAUGAAAUAUGGAAAGAGAGAAACAACAGACUUCAUCGGAAUAUUUUCAGGUCUCCUUCCUCUCUUGUAUCUUCAAUAAACGCUACUGUCAAAAACAGGAUAUCAUCCUUCCGAGAUGACAAUGGAGUUUUCUCUAGCCAAACCAUGCAGAGAUGGCUGUCUACAAACUGAUCAGUGCCACCUUCUCCUUUUUAAAAAGACAAAUCAACCUUCGUCUUCUCAAAAUUCUACGACUGCCAUAUCUCAGGCUGAGUUGAUAUUUCAGUUAAAUGGGCUUGGCUUCAUAGGAAUCCUUACUACUCUUCAGUGGGCCUUUUGGAUCAUGAAACUCGGGCUUCUCACAAUCGUUCAAACUGAUUCCUAGCAUGGGGUUUAUGCUUCUACUAAAGUAUUGUCUGUAACAAACUUUUGCCACAUUUAAUAUAAUCGCACCAAAUUUUAGCAAAAAAAAAAAAAAACAACUGAACCGUAACAAAUAUAUAACCAGAAAUUAUUACGUAGAAUUAUGUGUAGUGUAAUUGUGUAAACAUGGCUAAUGUGUUUUUCAUUUGCGACAAUAUUCAUCAUAUAUAUUAUAAGUUCAAGAUCAUCUUCAUUUUGUAAAUUUUAGAUAUAAUGUAACCACUUUUCUUUUUUUAUCAUUGAUAUAUUUUGUCUGCUUACCAAAAACCAAAAAAAAUAAUAUGCAUACGUAAUCCAAUUAUAUUUAUGAUCAUGAGUAUAUGGAUGCAUAUUAGUUAUAACACAUAUGAUCAUUAUCAAAUCUAUACACGAAAAGUAAGACAUAUUCAUAUAUUCAUAUAAGAAUAGAUAUAUUAUCUUUAUCCCUUUUUGUUUUUCAUAUAUAUGUCAUGUGAGGUGCACCGGCCAAAAUAGAGACGAGUACAUUUAACAUAGCACAAAGAGACGUAGGUGCAAGGGAGUCAAAGAAUGCACCAAAAUACCAAAAUCAACAAAAAAACACAAAAUAGCGAAAUGAAUAACAAAACUAUAUAAAACGAAAUUAAAUGAAAUUGGGAUCCGCAUUCCCACCACCUACCCAUUUUAAAGCAUAAUAUUAUAUAAAAUCUCAAAUCUUUAUCAACCAACUUUUUUUUGCUUGUCCCCAUUCUUUCCCCAAACUUUACUGCUUUUUUGGUGCAAAUUACUUAAAUAGGUACAUCACAUUUUCGUUUUAGGAUGUUCCUAGUUCCUACCAGUCUUCAGUGUUCUAGAUUUUGACUUUUGUUUGCAUCUCGACACAUUUUUUAAACUACCUCUAAUCGUGUAAAAUUUAGCUGGUUCCUACUAGUAUAUUGUUACCUUUACAAUGCCGUUAAUUCGACAAUAUUUCGAAUAUUUAUUUGUUCCCGUCUUAAUUUGUGCAUCACGUUUCUGUUUCCAUGUAUUUGAUAUAAAAUAUGUAUGAUGUAACAUGACCAUAUAAACAAAGAAGGGUGCAUGAACUUUAUCUUGUCACAGAGAACAUGAGAAUUCAUCCGAAAUUAAAAAAGAGAGAUAGAGAAGAAGGAAAAUGCAUUGAAGAAAAUAUAUUAAAAACAAAAAAAGAAUCUCAAAUUUUCAGUAUUCCAAAGAGAAAACAAAAGAAUGAAGAAAAGGUAAGACGAUAGAAAUGUGUCAGAAGAAUACAGUGCACUUGCCCAAGAAGAUAUUAUAAGAAAAUGUCUAUAUAAAUCUAAUCUCAAAGGAUAUAGUAAUGAUCAGAGACUCUAUGUGGUGAUGUUGGGACCUUUGUGGGAUAUCUCACGUGGGACAAUCUUUCUUUUUCCUUUUCUUUUUAGAUCAAUAACCAAACAACAAUGUAUUUUCUAUGGAAUUAACGUGUUAAAUGUCUACAAGAUUGUGUGAAAAUAAUUGGAUUGAUUUAAAUUAAUCAUUAAUAUAAAUUGGGCUGUUAGUGGAGCAAGGAGCAUAAAUGAUGCUUGGGACAUGAACACGAUUGUAUUGAUACCUUGCCUUGGGAGGCAAACUAUCUCAGUUUUCGUAUCGUACCAAACUGUUUUAAAUAAACAAAUAAGAUAUUUUAUUUGUUUCCAAUAUUAAAAUAUGUUGUUGUAAUUUACUUAGUUAGUGCCCAUCCUAAAACUAUGCGAUGGAUAUGUGCUUCGAUGAACUUAAUUAGAGUUGUCGGUAUUAUAAGACAAUGGUGCACUUGGAACAGUGAAAUAUUCAAAUUGUCCACAAUUCUCUCUUUCUAUCCAGUUGCAACUGGAAUGCUAUUUCAUGUUUCAUCUAGAAUCAGCCAUUUGUGAAAAUUCCAUUACAAUUUUACCAAUUAAAUGAAGGGAAAAAUAAUAUACAUAUUAAGAUUAUACGGUUGAUAAAUAAAUUUAUACUAUAGAAGAUAAAACUUAUGAAAGGAAAAAAAUAAAUAUGACUUUUUCUAUUUUGCCAUUGCAGACAGGACCGGUUCUGGGCAAAGCCUAACGAAACAUUGGUUUUAGGCCCUAAAAAGUUUGGAAAAAAUUACAUAGAAAAAAAAUCUCUAAAAAAAUUUUAGGUUUCCAAAUUUACCAAAAAAAAUUUUUUAGCUGAAUUUUUUUAAAAACCGCCUACAAUCUCCUAAAUCUCAGAAUCGACCCUGAUUGCAGAUCGGUAUUAUUUAUAUUCCUCCUCUUUGUUGGGAAUGAUAUCGGUUCCUCAGAUGAGGCAGAUGAUGAUUCUUAUUUUUUUCAAUUUCAUCAUAAAUUAAAUUAUUUGGUUAAUAAGCAUUAAAAACAAAGACUUGACAAAUUUCAUACAAACUGAAAAGCAUGCCAGAGAGGAAAGUGGGUGGCGGUAGGCAACAAACUAAAUAAAAUAGGCGUUUAUGAAACAAAAGAAAGGGUAAAAUUAAAUAAAUAAAAAGAUUCAAAUUGUCCUCUGAUCGGUUUCGAGAACCGUGCCUUGCGUUAAGGCUCGAUGUCAAUUGCGAUCCGAUUAAUCAUGAUCCAUUAUGUAGUAACUACACUACUUGUUAUACAUAUAAUUAAUGAAAUGGAGUACUAUAUUAUCAUGUGUUACAAAAAAAAACUAUAUUAUCAUGUUAAUCAUUUUCGUUGUAAUUAACUAAGUAUAUAUACAAAGGGCACCCAGAUGAAUGUGUGAAUAUAUAUUUAACCAGAAAAAUAUAAGAUAGUGCUUCCUGGAUUCUGACCUAUCUCCCGUGGAUGUGGGGGGUAACAAUGGUGGAAAAUGGAAUCCCCGUCUGUUGUACUGGUUAGAGCUGUUCAUGCACCUUGUUAGUUUGUAGCGUAACUAGACCCAGUCGAUGUUAGAUACGUACCUAGUUGGCUAGUUGUAAUCACUCCCCAUGGAAGCUAAGUUACGCAACAAUUCCCGUUAUAGUAACUCGGUAACUCCUACAUGUACUUUAUGUACACACGUUUUUCCUUAAGCUUCUCUUACCAAUGAUUAAUGGAGGAGACUCAUUUGAAGUUUUUUAAGCAUGAUUUGACACUUUCUGGAUAAAAUAUGUCUUUUAUAUUUCUUAUUUAUGAAACAUAUUUUAUUUUUUUAAUUAAAAUCUAAGAAACGUAUCUAAUACUACACUAAAAAUUUCAUCUUAAAAAACCCUAUUGAUCACUGAUCAUGGUCUUAGCUUAUUUUUAGACAAAAAAAAAUAGCUUAUUUCGUAUAAAAUCAUCAUGGUUUCUUUUCGAACGUGUCCAAAAACUAAUUAAGCAUUAGUUUUAUAUAUAUUAUAUCAUAUAUAUAUAUAUAUAUAUAUAUAUUGAGAGUUGAAAAUAUGAAAAUGUCCAUUAGAUUUAUUAUAUAUAUAUAUAUAUAUAUAAGAUUUAAAAGAAUGGGAUGGGCCAGAAAUUGCUAUAUAAAUCCUCCCACUUCCUGUUGUAAUAACAUACUUGAGUUCUGAUUGGGCAGUAGUACCAUUGCCAUUUCUCACACAUACCAUCUCUUUCUCUCGUCAUCAAUCAUAUAACAGAAAAA